GCUACAGCUUCAGAGUGGAAGAGGCUUCGCAGCGUCGUUAGAGACACGCACCUCGAGAAUCGCAUCGGCAUGAUCUUGAUUGAUUCCCCUAGGAUUGACAAGACAGCGCUAUCGUCGGCGCAGGUCCUUGCCAAAGUUGCCAAGCCAGACUUGGUCUCCAUGCUGCGGGUGCACAG